UGAGGAGGAGGAGGAGGAUGAGGAGGAGGAGGAUGAGGAGGAGGAGGAGGAGGAGGAGGAGAAGAAGGCGACGUAG